UGUGAGAUUGUGAAAGGGAAACAAAAAUAAAACACAAAUUUAUAUACAGUACGUUUACAUAACGUUUACUUAAAUGACCUAACAGUAUUACAGUUAAUUGAUCUCGUGUAAAGUGAUUAUUAAUAUUACCACAAUCAUUAUUUGAAUUGUAUAAGUCAAUUAACAACUAUCAUGGACCAGGAGGGACCCAGGGUGGUUUUUAACGGGGCAUUUUAUGGAUUUAUCACAGGCGUUGAAUUAAAUGAGCAAUUUAUGAACCAGCUCAGUGAACACCCAUGCAAUUAUUUACUACCAAGUUUAGAGAAUUUCCCGGACGACCUUAGUAAAAAAUGUCGCAUAUUCAGCGAGUUCACUUUGGUCCGCAACAACACCGAACUGCUGGCCGUAGCCCUGGAACAGUCGGGCCAACAGCAGGCAGCCAACCAAUUGCGCGAAUUCAAUCUAUCAGAACGACCAUGGCCGUAUUCCUACAAUAUUAACCUGGAUGUCGUACGCGCCUGAGCCCUGCGGUCCAACACAUCCAAAGAGGCCAAAAUGGAGUCCCGACCCCGCGGUGUGGCCCUAGUAUUUGUCACCGAACCUAGACUGGAGCAUGAGGGCGAACGAUUCAGGUCAAUUUAUGAACAAUUAGAAUUCAAAACCUACUUGCACCAAAGAUUUAGCCGAGAUGCAAUUUUUGCCGAAUUGACCAUGAUGGCCCAAUCCAAGGGCAAGUAUGCGGGCAAAUACAAGGGCGACGCGUUUAUCAUGAUGUUUAUCGGUCACGGCGUUGACGAGAAGAUUAUCGGGUGGUUAGAGCAGCCGCAGUGGCCGCCCGCAGAUGACACUGUACUUCCUAUCAGGGAUAUAGUGGACAUGUUUAGCGAGAAAAAGUGUCGCGCGCUUCGCCAAAAGACCAAGAUGUUUAUAUUCAACUGUUGUCGCGAAAAAUUAGACGAAGCGGAUGUACAGUUAUCGGGUGCUCCACCCAUAAACACCGGUGGUUUAUGUGCAAAGUGCCAGGGACCAACAGGCGAAACGACCAAGGUGGAUACAUUGGCCACACUAGAUCCUACCUGGAAACAACAAAACAAACAAACGCACGUGAUAUACGCGUGUGCUGAGGGGUCAAACGCCUGGUUCCAAGAAUUCCCCGGCACUGCCAUCGGUCACGCGAGUGUAUUCGGUCAGGCGUUCAGCCAUACCAUAGCCCAGUAUGCGGGGUAUAAAAGCCUGUAUCAGCUCAUUUGUAUGACCGUUAAACGAUCGGAGGAAGAAUCGGAGAGAAUAUAUCAAGAGUUUCUUAAAACUAACCCAUCGCAGGAGGAGUUGGAGGAAAUGGGAGACCCCGUGCGUCGGCCGGAAAUCAGAAUGUUUGCCGUGGAUAAAGAUGUGUUCUUUAACCCUGGUCUAUUUAGAGAUGACCAUGAUGAUUAAAUUGAUAAAGUAAAGCAUUAUGGGUCUAAUAAUUUAUUUACAAUUCAAUUGAUAUUAUUAUAAAUGAGCUCAACGAGCCGUAUUAUAUUGUAUAUUUUUGCACAGGACCAGUUUUAUCAAAUGUUUUAUAAAUGUUCUAACAUGUUUUAUAUUAAACAUUUAGAGAGUUUUAUUAUCUGAA